AUGUUCAUCAAGAAGAGUAGUCUUGAGAAUCUCAGCCUGUACAAAUAUAGCGGAGUCGACUUAUCUUUGUGUGCUAACUAUAUUUUGUCCCCAUACUUCUGGGAACCGUUACUGAAGUAUGUUAUUCCCCCUACUAUUGCGCCGAACGUGAUAACACUAAUUGGCGGGAUAUUCAUGUUUUUGGCACACUUUCUCUUUUUCUUUGACAGUCCAACAGGACAAGAGGACGUCUCGACGUUCACUGUGGUGAUGUCAGGGCUCCUCAUGUUUUUGUACCAAACGGCGGAUAACUUGGACGGCAAACAAGCGCGAAGAACAAAGAAUGGGUCGCCACUUGGAGAGUUGUUUGACCAUGGCGUAGACACGUUCAUGAUGGGGAUCUUUGCGCUGAUCAUCGUCACAAUAUUCAAAUUCGAGACACGAAUUCAACUCAUUUUAUUGAUUCAACUCCUCGCCGUGUUUUAUAUGAGUCAUUGGGAAGAGUACCACACAAACACUUUGAUAUUGGGAUACGUCUUUAACCCAACGGAAUUACAGUUACUCACUAUUUUUGGGUUGGAUAUCUACGUGUUGUACCCACAAAUCAUUAAUGUCAGUAUCUUUAGUAUCACCGUUAAAAGCUAUGCGAUGGUCUGUAUCAUACUCUUCUGUUUCAUUGCUGUUGUAUUCUACGUACAAUCAACUGUGUCACAUAUUCAUUCAACUAACCAAUGCUCAUUCAUUAGUGCACUUUAUAAUGGAACACCUUAUGCGAUCUUCUACGUCUGUGCUUGUAUCAAUGUACUCCUCUUUCCUAAACACUUCUUGGUCGAACACUUCCACUUGAUUGUAUUGCUCUUAAUCUUUUUGAACGCUUACGUCACACAACGACUCAUCGUUCACAGAAUAUUGAAAGAGCCUGUCCAACAAUACCACACUCUGUUAUUCCUCUUCGUCGUGUUCACAAUCAACACAAUACUGUACGCACUCGGACUUCCUUCUGUGAUAUUCAACUUCUCGACAUUCACGAUGCUCCUGUUCGCAAUCGCAAUCGACUCAACUCUGAUCAUCGAGGUGAUCAUAUCCUUCUCGACCUUCCUCGGUAUUCACGUGUUCAGAAUCAAUGUGAAAGAGUAA